AUGACUCCGUCCACGGGCCUCCUGAGUAUUUUCGAUAACACCUGGGUCCGGUUCUUCCUGAGUAAGGCUCCUCUAGGGUUUCUCACCUAUACAUCGGUCGUGGCAACCUAUCGGGCUCGCAGCGAUCCAUGGACAGCGGCCUUUGUUGUGUCCGCCUACGCGAUCCUGAUGCUUUUCUUUUGGUGCGUGGGAUCCUACGAGGAGGCGCCGCCGGAAAGAAAGGGACGCUUGAAGAUCGUUAUAUGGGUGCUGGCGACCAUUCUUAUCAUCUUAUUUCCCUUUAAACUCUCAUCGACAAUGCCAUUCGCUUUCGCCACCGUGAUCUGGUCUCUGGGAGGGAUCACCAUCGCGAUCAUUUUCUAUCUCUUCUUCAUCGAUGGUACUCCCUAA